CGGUACGCGGGGUGACAGCCCCGUUAAAAGGCAGCAGUUUGGGUGUUUAUCUGCUCGGCUAGCCUCUCAGCUAGCUUCCUAGAGAGCAGCGACGGGAAGCGACGAAAACUGUAAGGACUGAUAAGUUUGGAAAGACAGAGCUGUGACUGUCGCUCUGUCCGACCCGGCAGAAGGGAUGGCACACCUUGGAGACUUGCAGAACCAGAACACCAAGCUGGACCCGGAGGAGUACUUCACCAAGCAGGAGCGGAUUGGAAAGGGUUCUUUUGGAGAGGUUUACAAGGGCCUGAACAAUCGCACCAAGGAGGUGGUGGCCAUUAAAAUUAUUGACCUGGAAGAAGCCGAGGAUGAAAUAGAAGAUAUUCAGCAGGAGAUCACAGUCCUGAGCCAAUGUGAUAGUCCGUUUGUUACCAAGUAUUAUGGAUCAUAUUUGAAGGGGACCAAGUUGUGGAUCAUCAUGGAGUAUUUAGGCGGAGGAUCUGCUCUGGAUCUGCUCCGCCCCGGACCUCUGGAGGAGACCUACAUCGCCACGAUACUGCGGGAGAUUCUCAAAGGCCUCGAGUAUCUGCACUCGGAGAGGAAGAUUCACAGAGACAUCAAAGCUGCCAACGUGUUGCUAUCGGAGCAGGGCGACGUGAAGCUUGCUGAUUUCGGAGUGGCCGGCCAGCUGACAGACACCCAGAUCAAGAGGAACACGUUUGUUGGCACGCCGUUCUGGAUGGCGCCGGAGGUCAUCAAGCAGUCGGCUUAUGACUUCAAGGCCGACAUCUGGUCCCUGGGGAUAACGGCCAUAGAGCUGGCUAAAGGAGAGCCGCCCAACUCAGAGCUGCACCCCAUGAGGGUCCUGUUCCUCAUCCCCAAAAACCCCCCGCCCACCCUGGAGGGCCCCUACAGCAAACCUUUCAAAGAGUUUGUAGAGGCCUGCCUAAACAAAGACCCUCGUUUUAGGCCCACCGCCAAAGAGCUCCUGAAGCACAAGUUUAUCACGCGUCACACCAAGAAGACGACGUAUCUCACAGAGCUGAUCGACCGAUACCGGCGCUGGAAAUCCGAGGGACAUGGGGAGGAGUCCAGCUCCGACGACUCAGACAUGGAUGCCGACGGUGACGUUGAGCAGACUCCCGUGUGGAACUUCCCUACAGUCAAAUCUAUAAGCCAGCUACAGCAGGGCUACCCACAGCCGGACUCAGAGUCUGGAGAUUCUAUGAAACGACAACCUAAGUCACAGUGCUUGUCUGCUUUGGUGACGCCCAUAUUCAGAGAGUUGAAAGACAAGCGUCGGGCCAGCGGCGGUGGAGUAGGAGCCAUUGAGGAACUGGAGAACGCCUUCAGCCUGGCAGAGGAGUCCUUCCCAGGCAUCUCUGACCGUCUGGUCACACACAUGAUGGAGAGAGUGUGCAGGUGCCACCGGCGCCACCGACGUUCUAAAACCGACGUCACGUCUCUGACUGUAACCUGCUAAUCCGCGUUCUCCUUUCAGGUUUACUUUAAAUGGUAACAUGACUCCAUCUUCACGGUGAAACCCCCUACUGGAUGUAACGUGACCCGGCCUCGUUUUUUUUUUUUUUUUGUCCGUCUGUCCCUGAACACAACAGCUCUGACGACCACAAACAGACCACCUGUCGUACCACUGCCACCUUCCUUCUACACCCUGAAAGAGAUCUUAUAAUUAGUUACAAUUAAAUAUUUUUACAGUUUUUCUUUAAGAACGAAGAGUAUUUAACACUAAAACAAAAAGGACAAAAAAAAUAAGCCAUGCCAUUUAGACCGUUGUGUAUACCUGUUAGUGAGAAGAAAUCUACUAUAAUAAAGACUAUUGAAAACGA